UAUUUAACUGUUACUGUGUCGUCUACUCAUGUCACCUUUAUGUCUUUGUCCAUGUGAUGCAUUGGCACCAAGCCACUAAUUCAUUAAUAUUACCGCAUCGGCGUCAUCGUGUAUUCGUGUGAAUAUUAUAUUAUUUACUAUAUUAUACUUAUUUAUGGUGUGAACGAAGCUUAAUAAUAAUAAUUCUGCGACGCCGUAGUUAUUAACUGUUAUUAAUUGUUGCCGUGUCGCCGUGGUCGGAUUCACAGAUCAGUAUACUAAUUGUUGAUUGUCGGAUUGUUCAAUUGUUGGUGGUGGUCGGUGGGUAAUUGUCAAUUAUCAUAGACAUAACACAUAUUGUAAUUUAUACAAAUAUUUUAUAAUGUAUACAGUAAUUGAUGAUAGUUCGUUUCAUAAACGUGUUGUGAAAUAUAAUUGUCAACGAUAUUUCCUGUGUUAUCAGAUAAUAACAUUUUAUGAGUGGCCGUUUCGUUUAUCAGGAUCCGCUGUAGAUAAUUCAAAAAGAAAAAAUGUAAUUUCCGAAUUACUUUUUUGUUUUGUUUGUAUAAUUUAAUUAGUUUUAGGUAAUAAUAUUUUUGUUUGAAAUGGUCUAGACUAACAAUUUUAGUCAUGUGGAAGUCCUUCGACUGGGUGGAUUUGUUCCCAACCAAAAAAUCGUUCAUCGUAUUUGUUUUGUACAUAGGAUUUUCAAUGAAUCACGGUAAAUUAAUACUUUAAAAAUAAUUAACUAGUUCAAUUCAUAACUUUGUGACUUAAAAAAUUGUACAAAUUAAUAACUAAAAUUUUUUUUCAUAGGGUUGUUGGUAAAAUUAUCUCAAGAUAAAGGAAUUUAUACCUAUAAUAUUGUUUCGGUAAUUCUUAUGACCGAAUUUAUGAAACUGUUUAUAAGUUUAAUUUUAUAUCUCAAAGAGUAAGUAAAAAAUUUACUUCAAAAAAUAUAUAUGUUAUAUUAAAUGGUAAAUAGGUUCCUGAUAUAUAUAUAUAUUAAAAUUUGUUAAAAUUAUUUUAUAUUUAUACUAAUUAUAAUUCGUAUAUUAUUUCGCUAUUGUAUAUUUUGAAAUACAAUAUUUGUAAAUAUGAAUAUUUUAAAAAACAUGUAUAAAUAAUUUUUAUGUUUUGAUUCACAAAAUUUGUUUUAACUAUAUUUUUUUAACUUACAAAAAUCACAAUUUGUAUGCAAGAAAUAUGCAUUUUUAUUAAAUAAUGAAUGGUGAUCAUAUGAAAUUGUACAAAUAAUGUGUAUUUAACUACAUCAAACCAAUAAAUAUUUAAUAUUUGUGAUUAAAAUAAUGUUAUAGCUAACUACACAAAACAAAUAUUAGUACCUAUUAUGCAUUUAUGAAUUCAUUAUUUGUUUUUACAGUAAUCCUUUAAACAGUAUUAUUGAUCAGACUAGAAAAAAUUAUACAGGUAAAUUAUUACAGAAUCCAAUUUUUUAAAUUAUAUUGUAUUAAUAAUAUGUUUUUUUAUUAUUAGUUAUUUUUCUCUACUUGGUGCCAUCAAUUUUAUACUGUGUAUAUAAUAAUUUGGCAUUUGUGAAUUUAUCAGCGUUUGAUCCAACUACAUAUUUUAUUUUUCUUCAGCUGCGAGUCAUACUUACUGGCAUUGUAUAUCAGUGUUUAUUUAAAAAGGAUCUCAGCAAAAUACAAUGGCUGUCUUUAAUUCUUCUGACAAUUGGUUGUAUGAUAAAAGAGUUAAAAACAGAAGAUGGCAUCCGUCCGCUGUCUAAUGGUUAUCUGACUAGUCUUUUGCUCAUGUUUAUUCAAAUACUUUCUUCUUGUUUAGCUGGUGUUUACAAUGAAUACUUACUUAAAGAAGGUCAGGGUAUAAAGAUAAAUAUUUAUAUACAAAAUAUGUACAUGUAUUUUGAUUCAAUACUUUGUAAUUUCGUGUUAUGGAUAACAGUUAAAUAUGAAAAUGACCAUUAUACAUCUGAUAUUGACCUUUUUAAAAAUAAAAUGGUAUGUAAAAUAAUUUUUGGGUACUGGUUUAGUUGACAGCUGCCCAGAAAAUAUUCACUUGUCAUUCGUCUUAGAUGAUACCCUCCAUGAAUUUUCUUUAAUAUUUGUCCGUUUCAUAUGGUAUAUCAGAUACAAAAAGUACAUACCUAUAAACUAAUAAGUAAAUUCCAGUCUUAUUACUAGAUAUAUCAUAUGUAUUACUUGCUGCAGCCACUUAUGUGGUGAAUUCACUUAUUGGUUAUUUAAAUAAUAUUUGGUAAAAUACUUAUGGUAAUGAUAUAUGAUAUAAACAUCAUUAUAUUUUAGACUUGUUUAUCAGCUAUAUAUUCUGUUUUUAUAAUAUAAGUAUUAGAAAAAUGAGUGGCCAAUUAAUUUUUGGGGUGGGCAUCAACUAAAUCAGCUCCAAUUUAUGUAAUAUACUUUUUUAAAAUUAAUUUACUACUAAUUAAUUAUUUGUUUAGGUUUUGUUAUUGGUUCUGAACAGCGCUAUUUAUGGUAUUGUAACUAGUUUAUUAAUACAUAGUUUAAAUUCAAUUAUGAAAGUUUUUGCAACAGCAAUUGAAUUGGUAUUUAUUGCUGUAUUGUCAUGGGUACUUUUUGGAUACCCAAUAACUUUACAAACUUUGUCAGCUGUAUUUAUUGUUUCAUGUUCUGUGAUAAUUUAUGCUAAUAAUCCUAUUAAAAAAACUGCACCUCCAUUAAAUCAUAGUAAACAUCUAACUAAUAUUUAAAAUUAAUUUAAAUUUAUAUAUUUGUCGAUAAAAAAAUUGAAUUUAUAUUUUAUAUUUCUAUAAUGUUUUUCAAUAUUAUAAGCUAUAUCAAAAAUUAUUCAAAAAGCGUGGUAUUUAUAAUAGAUGUAUCUAUCAUAUUACUUAUUAAUUAUUAUUUUCUAUUUGUAAGUCGACAUACAAAUGAUUAAAAAUGUAUUCAAUUUUUAUAAUAUUUAUUUUAUAAUCAUACCAUUGAAUCAAUGGUUAUAAUAUAUUUUAUGUUUGUUACCAAAGACAUGUAGUCUGAUAAUUUUAAUUUAUUUUUUUAUUGUAGUUAUAAUAAUAAAAUAUUUUUAAAAAAAGAAGAAAGAGAUCAAAAAUAUAAUAUUGAAUAUUUUAUAAUGUUAAUGUUUUAUAAUUAAAUUUGUUUAUUUAUAAAAAUGUUAAAAAUAAAUAUAU